UUUCAGUCUACUUAAGUCUGCCACACUGUUCUGAUGAUUAAAACGGUGUUGAUAAAUAGAACGUAAAUGUAAAUUUGCCGACGACGGUUUUUUCGAGACGCCCUUCAAUUAGGUGCAUAGGUUCAAGUUGUACAUAAUUAUUGCGGUCAUCGCGUAGUGAUAACGAACAUAAUCAUUUUGAUAAUUUGCAAUUAAUGUGUACAUUCUGCUAAUUAUUUGAGAAAUUGUUGGAACAACUUGUUGAGUAUAGUGUGAAUAUAUUCUUGUGUACAUUAUGCAAAUUUACUUCCACUAAGUGUUGUGAUGAGUAGAUUAAAUAAAAGAACAAUAACAAAAAUGUCGUUUACUUAUCUUGUGGGCAUAAUUUGGUGUCUGUCGUUCUAUAUCGUUCAUGGUCAAGAGAACGUAUUACACUUUUCCGAACAGAAUUGCUCGACAAACAAUAUGCGGCAAACAUCAACGAUAGAAUCGAAUACAAUAAUGAUUAACAACUGCUCGUUAAAAACUCUGCCGAAAGUUAUAUUUGGAUAUUACACCACAACGUUAAGCAUUUACAAUACCGAUCUGGAAGUAAUUGAGAGUUCGGCACUGGAUGGUCUCAAAGGAUUACAAGUCUUGUCGCUACACCGAAAUCAUGUAACAAAAAUUAGUUCGUGGAGCAAUCACGAUUUGAUUUAUCUACACAAACUCGAUAUACAUCACAAUAAAAUUCAAACGAUAAGCCAAAACGCAUUUCAACGUUAUCCGAAUUUGGAGACAAUAAAUUUGUCGAUCAACAAUCUAACAAAUAUUCCUGCGAACAUCUUCAAAUACACACCACGAUUGAGGAUUUUAAAUUUAGCGAAAAAUCAUCUCCGUCGCAUUGAAGGAUUCACAUUCAAUGAGCUUGCUGAGCUUACCCAUAUUUCACUUGAACACAACGAUAUUGAUUUUGUCGAAAAUUUUGCUUUCGUGAACAAUGCGAAAUUGAAAUCGAUUCGCUUGGAUUUUAAUAAAAUUGUCAAUUUCGAUACUUUAAUACUAUCCAACUGUCCACAAUUGGCGUAUUUAAACUUAAGUCAUAAUGCAUUAACGGCAAUCUACGAACACACAUUCAAGGAUAAUGUCCAAUUGCAUUUGUUGGAUAUCAGUGGCAAUAAGAUAACAGAAUUUACGGAAAAUUCUUUCAGAGGAUUAAGUCAAUUGGAGAUAUUCAAUGCGAGCAAUAAUUUAUUGGAUACCCUCCACCCGUACACUUUCCACUCUUUCGUCAAUCUAAAACUAUUCGACGCAUCAUCAAACAAAUUAACAUAUCUGUUCGACGGUAUGUUGGAUUAUUUAUCAACUGUAAAGCAUAUAAAUCUUUCGCACAAUGCAAUCGAUGGAAUUGAAACGAAUGUUUUUUCCGAAAUGACUUCCAUUGAAACCAUCGAUUUAUCAUACAAUAAAUUAUCGAACGAUAGCUUUUUGGAUGGAAUAACUGAAUUAAAAACGCUUAUCAUGGCCUACAAUCAAUUCGAAUAUUUAAAUUUGUCAAAAUUGGUCGAUGUUGAUGAGGUGGACGUAAUUGGUAAUCCAUGGAAUUGUACAUGGUUGGUGGUGGAAAUGAUGCGUUGUUCGAAUGGUAUACGUUUUGGAAACGAUUUUUCAAUUGAAAUGGAAGAACAAGUGUUAACUGUACCAGGAAUUGAUUGUGUGGAUGAAAGUGGAAACAAUCGUAGCAUUGUUAUGUUGCAACAGUCAAGUAUGCAAAAAGUUGAGAAAAUUCUUAAUGAGACACCAGCUUAUCACCAGCAAAAUAAAUUACUGAAACGAAUGCUCGCAAAUGAAUUUGGAUAUAAGGCCUGUCUGAUAUGGACUGCCAUAGCCGUAAUCGUGGUCUUCGGCAGCGUGCACUUAGGCAAGAUUGUACUUAAAAAGUCGGAAAAGCGAAGCGAACGCUACAGGAUGUCUCAACAAGUCUUAAUUACUACAACACCGACCACAGCCAAUUCGGAAAGGUUUUCAGAAUCAAAAUUGAUUUUUCGUUAAAUUGCGAAUUUUGUAUUUAAAAUGUAGCGCUCGGAGUAGCUAUACAUCGAAUUAAUUAAACGGAUCACAAUGUUUGAAUGUUUCGCAUUUGCGUCUAGUCAAUUUACAUUUAAUUAUGGAAUGCAAUCAGAUUUCACAGAUUUGUCAUAACGAACUAAUUAAAAACUUA